CUAGAAAAAGAGGAGGAAAGACGAAGGGAAGAGGAACUUCAGAAGGAAAGAGAAAGAGUUUUAUUAGAAAGACGACAGAAAGAGGAAGAGAAUCAGUUUGUUAAACAGGUACGUAGAAAGUGAAUGUUUCGUUGUUGUUGCUGUUGUUGUUUUUUUAUCUAUUGUGGUUUCAAUCAGUUUAAUUUGUUUAAACGUGUGGUUAACGUUUUUCCUUACCCUUUCGUUUUCAGAAGAAGAAGGAACAAGAAAUGGAAAGGAAGAGGAAAGAAAAAGAAGAGAAGGUUAGUUUCGGUGACACGUUUAAACCUCAUCCUCCAAUAUUGGACAAAGACAGACUGAUGAAGAAGUUGCUCUUGGAUUAUUUUCACUCACGAAAUGGAAAAUUAAAACACUAUUUCAAGCCUCUAUAAUCGAUAUAAUCGAUAGUUGUUCAAAACUGUUUACUUUAAUUAAAUUGCAAGCAGACGCUUUUAGAUACGGAACCGUCCUUGCUUGCCCUAUAAUAGUUUCUUUCCGUGAACUAGAGCAACAAGCUCUUUUCCUCCUUCAGGUUGUUGCGAGGGUAAACCAAGUUGUUGCCAGUGUAUAGGUCCUAGUUGCUCAAGGCGUGUAACGUUCUCCACUGAAAAAUAAUAUAUAGAUUUAGCCAGGGCUAAAAGCGAAGCUCUCGAUAAUAUUUAUAUUUGGUUCAAACAAAAUAUAAAAUCGUGUAAUGCUAAGCGGCGAAGGCAACGCCGGAGAACGGUGAAAAACAACAAUAGGUCUAAUUAGCCAAAAAGGAACUUUGCACGUGCAGCACACUCUAUUUUGUACAUUUUUUUGCCGUUGUUUUGCACGACUGCAACGUGAAACUUCCAGAAACUUCUUAGUUACAAGUUUUAUAGACUGAAAUGUGGUACGUUUUCUCGCUCACUUUUUUUUCACUGCCGCUCACUUUCACCUUGCAUUGGUGGCCCCUAGCAUUUCUCGUUUUGUCACCACCGCUACAAAAUUGUCAUGUUGUUCUUCCAACAAAAAAAAUGUCUCCUUUCUUUUUUAUCUCUCGCUCUAGAUCUCUCUCGCCCUUUAUCUCGUUGAGCUUCGCUGGCCUGCCGCCCACUUUCUCUUUUUGUCUGUCUUUCUCUUGCUCUAUAUUCCAAAUUUGUGGACUUUAUUGACUCUUUAGUUGUCUCUGCGUCACAAGACGCGGGUGGCAAUGCGAUUUCCCGUCAAAAUAACCUCGAGUUACAUCUGGGUUGCCAUACCUGUUGAGUGAGUUAUUUUACAUUGGUAUGCCUGUGGUGCGAACGGACGGUCGGUCGGUCGGUCGGUCGGUGUACGGUCACGUGAUUACCAAAUUUUCUUGGAUGGAUAGUUUACCACAUUUUCUUACCCAUGGUGCUCCGCUGCGCGCGCUUCGUGCGCGAGAGCUCUGCUAUUGUAUGCUGUCCAGUGGAUUAGUAUUGCGGAAAUCAAUUGCGUUAUCCAGAAAGCAAGCAUAGACAGGGAUGCCGCUUUUAAAAGCAAGUUAAAAUGUUUAAGAUGACUAAUAUGCUAAAAUCACAAACACCACACCUCGGUUUUGUCGUUUUGACUGAUCAAGGGUUUAUACAGAACGAAAUUUGAAAAAUGAUAAAAUUGUUUACAACGUUAACCUUAACUGUAACAUUAAGUCGUAAAGUUAUUUCUCUGUUUAUUGUGUUUCAGGAAAAGCGGCAACAGCGAACUACAGCCAUGAAAUCCUUAUUUGAAAGCAAAGGAACCAAAAAUUGA